ACUUGUGCCUGUGGGAAGGCUAUCCAUGGAUCUAGUCAUGGUCUCGGUGCUCAUUCUGACAUGUCUGCUUCUCUUCUCACACUGGAAACAAAGUUCUACACGAGGAAAGCUACCUCCUGGACCUACUCCUCUGCCAAUUAUUGGCAACAUCCACCAGAUAGAUGUAAAAAAUGUUCACCAAGCCUUUACCAAUUUCUCUAAAAUCUAUGGCCCUGUGUUCACUCUGUAUUUUGGCAUGAAACCCGCUGUGGUGUUGCACGGCUAUGAGGCAAUAAAAGAAGCUCUCAUAGGUCAUGGGGAGGAGUUUAGUGGAAGAGGAAAAGUCCCUAUUUUUGAUAUGGUUUUGAAAGGCUUUGGCAUUGGUUUUAGCAAUGGAGAUGCAUGGAAAGAAACAAAGCACUUUUCACUCUUAACCCUGAGAAAACUGGGUAUGGGGAAAAGAAGUAUUGAGAACCAAAUUCAAGAAGAAGCACAGUUCCUUGUGGAGGAACUGAAGAAAACCAAUGGCUCACCCUAUGAUCCCUCCUUCAUCUUGACCUGUGCUCCCUGCAAUGUCAUUUGCUCCAUUAUUUUCCAAAAUCGUUUUGAAUAUAAUGAUCAAGUUUUUGUUAGCUUGAUAGAAAAACUGAAUGCGAACAGUAAGAUUCUGAGCUCUCUCUGGGCACAGCUUUGCAAUAUGUUCCCUGUUCUGAUUGAUUAUUGUCCAGGGACCCAUAAUACAUAUUAUAAAAACUUGACUUCUAUUCAGAGUUACCUUUCGGCAAAAAUAAAAGAACAUGAGGAAUCCUUGGAUGCUACCAACCCUCGGGACUUUAUUGAUUAUUUCCUAAUUAAAGGAAGGCAGGAGAAUCGCAAUCAACAAUCGAUAUAUACACCUGAAAACCUGACAGCCACGUUGAUUGAUCUGUAUCUUGGUGGAACAGAUUCUUUAAAGACAACAAUGAGAUUUGCUCUUUUGCUCCUGCUGAAGUACCCACAUGUCACAGCUAAAGUCCAGGAAGAGAUUGACCGUGUGAUUGGCAGACAACGCAGCCCCUGCUUGCAGGACAGGAAGCAAAUGCCCUACACAGACGCCAUGAUUCAUGAGGUUCAGAGACUCCUUGAUAUCGCCCCCAACAACCUACCCCAUGAAGUGACCUGUGAUGUUAAAUUCAGGAACUACCUCAUCCCCAAGGGAACGACCAUUAUAACAUCACUAUCAUCAGUUUUGCAUGACAGCAACGAAUUCCCCAAUCCAGAGACGUUUGAUCCUGGUCAUUUUCUGGAUGCAAAAGGAAACUUUAAGAAAAGUGACUACUUUAUGCCUUUCUCAGCAGGAAAACGAGUGUGUUUAGGAGAAGGUCUGGCCCGCAUGGAGCUGUUUCUGUUCCUGACCACCAUUUUACAGAACUUCAAGCUGAAAUCUCUGGUUCCCCCAAAUGAAAUCAAUGUUACCCCACAGGUCAAUGGAUUUGCUGUAUUACCUCCCCCUUUCCAGCUCUGCUUCAUUCCUGUCUAAUGAAGAUCAGAUGCCUGGUUCCUGCUGUGUUCUUCUCUGAAAUCACCCUCAAACCUUGUAUUUAACACUUUCCUGGAAGGCAUACAGCGUCCUUCCACAUUCUCACAGCUUCUGCUCUCUAAUUUCCCAUGGAAAUCAUCAGGUCUCCAUUUUAUAGUCUCUGAAGUAAUCAUCAAAUAUUUGCCAUUUCGUAUUCUCUGUAGCACUGUGACCAUCUCUUAUACUCUCAUUUAGCUAAACCUGUAAUUAACAUGGCUUCCACAUAAAAUGUAUAGUGUCCAACUAUAUAAUAAUUCACAAUUAUGUUUCUGUCUCUUGUAUAUCCUUGACAACACAUAUUAAAUUUGUACUUCUGAUUUCAA